GUAUUCGCGGCGAACACCCAGCCCGCGGAUGUAGGGUCGCUCAUCCUCUAAAACACGUUUACACGCCGGAAAAUCGGACAAAUAGUCCAAAAAUACGUUUAACAUUAUUAUUUUCGUAUAGUAACCAAAUUAUAUCGUUAAAAGUGGUCUAUUGAAUUGUUGUGAGUUGAAAAACAGUGCGCGAUCUGUGAAGUGAACAACAUGCAACAUGAGAUAUCAACGUGAAAAUCUUAGACAAAAUCUACUGUCUUACUUCAAACUAGAAGAAUAGAACUCAAUAGAGGAUUAUUAUUGAAUUGGUUAUUUAGUUUUUAAUUCUGUUUAUAAAAAAAACAAGCGAGAACAUAAAAUUUUAUAAUGGCCGAAUUAGCCCCUGGUUGAUUUUGAAAAAAUGUGGAAAAUUAACAAAGCCUUUUUUAUUUUCAAACGUAAAUUUAGUUUGAAAUGGCAUUGGCGUAAACGUUGGCCGAAGAUAAGCGAAUUCAUAACAAAUUUUCAUUUCAAGUCAUAGUCAAGUUUUUUUAGUGCGAUUUUUAUGUAAAUCAAAAAUGAACACGUUCAACGCUCCUACGACACAAAUAAGCGGCACAAUGGACAAAAUGACCACAGUAAAAUGUAAAUCUGUCGACCUAGAAGGAUACGUUAUAAUCGUUGUACAAACUAAAGACAAUAAAGUGAAAUUAUAUGGUUCUCCAUCAGCUGGCAACUGGGACAAACUGGAGCUUGCCGACGAAAUAAUGGACGUUAAUGAGACAAAACUUGAGGACAUGUCCAGGGCUGAGGUCCUAGGGCAUAUACACGAGUGUAUCUCUUCUUGUGUCAUCAAGCUACGCGUAAAGAGGCGGAGCGAGACUAAAUUACUAUCAGAUAUCGGGCACAAUAUAAUCCAAGAUGCGUUCCUCAUCGCCGUGGAGGAGCAGGCCCGGCAGCGGCUACAGCGGCUGUCGGCCCUCAAGCGAAUCACGCCCGUGGACAUGUCCAAGCUCUCUGUAGAGUUAAACAAAAGAAAACGAACUCAACCAGAGAACAGACCUGAGCUAAACGGGUAUAUAGCCAAUUCGACGGUCUACGUGACUUCCAUUAACGAAAACGGUGCUAUAGAAAGCAAGCCAACUAUAUCAUCGCCGAAAUCUCAACCUAAAGCUCUCCAAGCGAAACCAACACCGGUCAUAACGAACGGAAUCGACAACAAAGAGGCAAUAGAAGAAGAGAGAGAAAAACACGAGAACGAUCAGAGCGAGAAGAAGGAACUUAGUGACGAAAAAGAUUUAAGUGUGUGCGUUGUGAAUGAUGUGAUUAGUGAUGCGUACAGUGUUGCCCGUGAGCAUUUGAACAACGGCCGUAGUGAGAAACUGUUGGAUCAGCCCGAUCAUAGGAUCAGGGCCACUGCUGUCAUCGAGAGUAACAAGUUGGGACCGGGAGAGAAUCGGCCCCGAAGACGAUCCGGCUCCAGCAUCGUGGUGCUGGGCGCUGAGGAGGAGAAACGCCCGCCCCCGGAUGACGACAAAGAGAUGCUCUCGCUUUCUUCUGAUACCGGUCCCCACCGCGAGAUGGCGGUGGAUGUGCCGGACAGUUUCAUCGCUCGGAACAAAACUCCCCCCCGGUACCCGCCGCCGCGGCCCCCCCAGGUACGUCUCCGUCCGUGCCGGGACGAGGAUCCCCUCCUCUCCUCCGGCGGCUCCGGCACCAGUUUCGGCAGUAAACAAAGCACAGUUCAGACCCUCGAUCUCUCAGGGCCCAGCUCCGAUAACUCGGGUUCGUUCAAGAACGCUAUCGAGUUAUUGUCCCUGCCCCAGAGUUCCGAAGGUUCGGGGGCCAGUUUUGGAAGCAAAAAAAGCAAGGGCUCCGCAGAGACAGCCAAAUGCGGCGACUCUGACAGAUCUGAUGCGAGCGAACAAAAAAUACAACUCCUCAUAUCGAGCGAGGACGAUUCGUUGCUCGAUUGCAGAGAAGGGGUCUCGUACUCCGCUAGAACUGACACGGUACUGAUUAGAGAGGCGCUGUACGCGUCUUACAAGCUGCCUCCAGGGUUCGAUACGACGCCGGUACUGCUCGGGAGGGAGGUGGCCGUCGACGUACCAGAUACCUUCGUGCAAAUCGUGAAAACAACCCCAAAAUAUCCAGGAACCGUGGACAGAAAGAGCGUCGCUUUUCAGCAGGUCAAUGGCACAGCUAAAACUGCGGCUCCGGCUGUGCCCCCUCGUGAGGUAGCCAGGGACGCCCCUCCUCGACCUCCUGCCCAUGAUGUCUCUAAAGACCAAGUGGACUCUAUAAAGAAGUAUCAGGAACAACUGCGGCAGCGAAAAGAAGCCGAAGAAAGAGCGGCAGCCCAAAAUGAGUUACUGAGAAACUCCAUACGGAAUUCCAACAAACUUCAGAACUUAAGAACAAAUCCUCCACCGUCGGGCGGGACUGCGUUUGUCAAUGACGCCUACGAAGACGAUCUCAGCGAUGACUCGUCCCAACUUUACACAAUCAUUGAUUAUCAAGAAGUAUGCGCGGCGCUCACGAGAGUUCAAAAAGCACUGGCCGCCAGUGGUGAAACGGCUCUGGCAGCCAGGGUAGCGGGAGCCGCUGGGUCUCUGCUGUGUCCUGCGCUGAGGACCGUGUUAGCGACCAGAUCGGCAGUUUUAACAGCCGUGAGGCAGAAGAGACCAGGACUGUCACCUCCCUCCACCAAACAUGCUUCGGACAGCUUAAAAGACUGCAUGGACGUAUUAGGCGCCCAUACAACUACUGGAGGCGACACUUCGGCGAUAGCAGCGGAACUGCUUUCGAUCCUCGGUGGACUGGAGCUAGAGAAUCUGAUCCAGGCUCACGACCAGGCCGCUGCUAUGCUAGAUCAAUCGUGCUUCACUCUAGGCAAGAGGCAUAAGAACGGGAGCGCCUAUAAGGACGAUAAAGGGUUGACAUCGCAUUCCCCGGACGACCCGAGCGAGCACAUCAAGAUUAUUAAAAUAGAGAAAACAAAUGAACCGCUCGGUGCCACGGUAAGGAACGAAGGAGAAGCCGUUAUUAUCGGCAGGAUAGUUAAGGGGGGCGCGGCGGAGAAAUCUGGACUCCUACAUGAGGGCGACGAGCUGCUGGAGGUGAAUGGCGUGGCGAUGCGCGGCAAGUCCGUGCACGAGGUGUGCCAGGUGCUGGGCGCGCUGUCGGGCACGUUGUGUGUGGUGCUAGCGCCGCGCGCACGAUGCGUGCGGGCCGCGCCGCCGCCGCGCGUGCUGCACGUGCGCGCGCACUUCGACUACGAUCCGGAGGACGACGUGUACAUCCCCUGCAGGGAGCUCGGUAUUAGCUUCCAAAAAGGUGACGUGUUACACGUGAUAAGUCGCGAAGAUCCGAACUGGUGGCAGGCGUACAGGGAAGGUGAAGAGGACCAGACCCUCGCCGGACUAAUACCGAGUCAAGCGUUCCAACACCAACGGGAAGCAAUGAAGUUAACGUUGGCCGGCGAAGUGGCAGCCCGCGACAAGCCAAGGAAAGGUGGCACUCUGCUGUGCGCGAGAAAACCGCCGCGCAAGAAGAAGGGCAAGAAGGCGACCAGUGAAGCUGGAUACCCUCUGUACUCGACGUCUGGCGGAGACGGUAUGCACUUGACAGUCGACGAAUACGAACAAGAAGAGAUCCUGACGUACGAAGAGGUAGCACUGUACUAUCCGCGCGCGUCACACAAGCGACCUAUAGUGCUGAUAGGGCCACCCAACAUAGGCCGACACGAACUGCGGCAGAGACUCAUGGAGGACGGCUCGAGGUUUGCCGCAGCCGUGCCGCACACGUCGAGGCCGCGUAAGGACCACGAAGUGCCCGGCCAGGAUUACCACUUCAUAUCGCGCACGCAGUUCGAAGCCGACAUACUGAACAGAAAAUUCGUCGAGCAUGGAGAAUAUGAAAAGGCUUACUACGGCACGUCAUUGGAAGCGAUACGCGAAGUAGUGAACUCCGGUAAAAUCUGCGUGCUGAACCUGCAUCCUCAGUCGCUGAAGAUCCUGCGUAACUCCGACCUCAAGCCCUACACCGUGUUCGUAGCACCGCCCAGCCUCGAGAAAUUACGACAGAAGAAGAUCCGGAACGCGGAGGCAUUCAAGGAGGAGGAGCUCAAAGAAAUAAUUGCAACUGCAAGAGAUAUGGAAUUGAGAUGGGGCCAUUUAUUCGACAUGAUAAUAAUCAAUAACGACACACAACGUGCCUACCAGCAGCUGUUGAACGAGAUCAACAGCUUGGAGCGCGAGCCGCAGUGGGUGCCCGCUCACUGGCUCAAGCACACCUAGCGAGAAUUCAACAUAGUUGCUUGUCCGGCAACUAAAAGACUGAUUCGAGUCGAAAACGAGAUUAGGCGACGUAACGUUAACGUGACGGAGACGAAACGUAACGUAACGCGAACGUAUACAAGGAGCGUCAUGUUAAAUUUUGUGUUUCUGUUCGAGAUUUUAACGCAAGUGAUCAUACAUUUGCUCGUCUACGUUAUGAAUGCUUGCGAUUUGAAAAGACACAAUAAUAAUCAUACGUCUAAAGAGAUUGUUUCGCGUAGAGCUAGAUGUACCGAUACGAGUACGAGUUUUGUAGAAAAUAUAGAAUUUAAUAAUGUGUUCCCGAAUUUAGUUGACGAUGCUAAUAAAUGAAAAUUACCGUAGGGAUAUCUUAUUGUGUUUCGAUAAUUUACGCCAAAUAACUUUACACUCUGUCGACCCGGUCAGAAUCAACUACGGAAGCCGAAACGGUAUAAAUUAAAUAAACCGUUAGGUACAUAAACUUGUAACUGGGAAUAAAAAAUUGGUGAUCUAAGUCUUGCUUAGUAAUUUAAUACUGCGUAAGCCCGCAAUGUAAAGUAUGCAAUAAUUGAAAAAUGAAAAAUGUUUCGCGAAUUAUUUUACAUUUCGUUUAAUAUAUUUUUUGUCAUGUAUUUUUGGUUAAGGGACUACAACCGCGCGGGCUGCCGUCACGUGUCGUGACGUAUACCGGCGAAUUUCAAUUUGAAGUAAGAAAUUAUUGACGCGUUAGCAGGUAUCUACAUAUGUAACCAUGCCGGAUAAGGCUUUCAAUCUUCAAUGAAGUUUUAAAAAGAGAAGUUAUAUUAUCAUUCAAGUUGAUUAAAUUAAGCUCGAAUUUCAUUUUAAGUCUAAUAGAACCUGUAGAAAUUGCGUUAGUAAAUCUUAUUUAUGCAAGGUAAGGUUUACAUUAACAUGAAAUAUAAAUUUUAGACCGAACGGUGUGACAGAGUGUGGGCUAAAUUGGUAAUUUAAUUUUUAUAUUUUGUAGACACGUUCGUGUCAUAUACAUUACCAGAUGAAACAGUUUCUGUUUUAAUCUUAAUUUUGUACUUAUGUUAAAGAAGCAAGCAUCACUAAUCAACGGUUUGUUUUAAAACGACUUAUUGUUUGAGGGUUGCCAACAUUCAAUCUUCCAAAACACGAGUUUUUAGAGGGCUGAGACGUCUAAAACGAAUUUAGUUCCAAAUUAAUGUUUAAAAUUUCGUUGGCAACUUCGAGUAGCAGCUUAGUGAGAUGUGAAAUCUUAUGAAAAGAUGAGGGUAGAGGUGACAAUGAGAGAAAUUUACAAUUUCAAUAGUUAGCUCUUAAUGUAGACCACUAAAUUGGCACUUUUUCAUUCCAUUUGUCCAAUACUCGUGAACACGAAUUUUAUCAAUGUAUUUAAAACUCGUUAUUUAAAAAUAUAUUUUCUGUGUAUAUUAUGUUCCAUUACCAUGUUUCAAAUUAAAUUGGCUGUGUUGCCAUUUAAUUUUGUGUGCGUGUACCAAUUCAAAUAAUCGUAUUUUAAUUAAGUAUGUAUUCGAGUUUUAUGAUGUUUUAAAAAAUGUUUUUACAUAUUGAAUAAAAUAAUUUUCCAACUUAUUGAAUAGUAAAAACUCGAACCCUUGUUGAAUUAUAUUACGUAUGUUCGAAAAGAUAUGUAUUACAUUUAUUCAAUACCUAAAACAUUGCCUAUUUAUAAUACAUCCAGAACUUUUUAAUUAAUUAAACUAGGGGAAAGUUAAUAGAUUGUUAAAUUUUACCAUCACUGCUACAAUAAUAUUAAUGCGAUGGAAUUUACGGGCAGCAGUUAAAUAAAAUAAAAAACAUAGAUAGUUAAAACGAAAAAAAAAUAAAGAAUAAAGUACGAUGAAUAAUACAAUAAAAAUAUUUCUCUAAGGCCAAAUUUAUAAAGGUAGUUUUAAUAGGAAUUUUUUGAAAAUUUUCUCCUUGUAGUUUUAUCUUGAGGUUCUCGCUGAUGAGGUGGAUCGAGCGUAGCAUGUUGAUACCAACAAAAAUCAAUAAAAUCGCUAUCAUAGUGAGUAGAGAAGCAAUAUUUUAUAUCCGUAUAAUCAAAAUUCUACUGUGUGUAACGACAUAUCUGUUUUAUAGAAAAUUUCGAUACCUUUGCCCGAUUGUUUUAUUAACUAUUUGACAGCUGACGGUUCAAAAAUUAUGACUUAAAAUACAGUAUCCUGUUUUAACUGCAACACUAUGCGAUAUUUCUGAAAUAAAAUCACAUGUAAAAUUCUAUUUAUUGGAUUUCUUUUAGCCAUCAAUGAAAUUAUGUUUCUUAGUUCAUCUCGGACCCUCUGUGAUUCACUAAUAUAAUAUAACAGGAUUAUUAUAGCAAUAAUGAUACAAAAUAAAAUGAAAACAAAUAUUCUAAAUGUCCAAUAAAUAUACAAAGUCGCGGUAAAAUUGUUUAGAUAGAAUUGUGUAAAAAUUUUCAAUUAUGUUAGUGCCAAAUGAAACCACUCGAGUAGUGGUACCAAUGAUCAUCUUUGAGAAUCACAAUUUUCAUAUUAAGUACCUACCUAUGUCAUAUGAUAAUUAUAUCACUAUUGUGUAUUUUUUUGUUUAGGCGUAAACUGAUUUCAGUUUGAGCGCUGGUUAAAUUCAUAGUUUUUUUUUAUCGCAAAUCGAACUUGGCCAUUGUAUAAUCUAAAUGUUACCGUAAGUGGAACACACAUAUAAUGGGUUCGGUAUAAGCUCAGAAUCAUCAAAAACUGUUUCACAUUAUUAAUAGGUCCUUUAUUUGAAACCAUGAAUACAUAUUAUAAUUUAGCCAGUGGAGGUGCUAUCGUUUAUACAAUGUUUUGUUAUUUUUCGUUUGUAUCUUUACUUUUUAAACUACAUAAUUUAAUGUACUAGAGAUUUCAACAAAGUAUAGCAGAAGUCACUACUGCAUUAAAUUUGUGAUUAAAAUAUAAAAGGUUCCACAGUAUUGAUAUUAUUAUUACCUAAUUUAUAAAUAGUCCUGUAUAUAAUUUAUUAACAACUGAAUAAAGAUUUAUAAAUAACAUGUUAAUAGAGAACAAUUUAAUGUAAAUAAUAGACUACCUAUUAAAUUUAAUAUCAGAUAA